AUGGAAGAUUCUCAGUAUUUUGGUUUGAUCCAUUUGCUACACAUCUUAUUGUCAUAUUUGUAUGUAGUUUGCAGUGCGGACAUGUUUAACAUAAUUCCUCGACUGGUAGACAGGAAAUCAGAUGGUAUUCCCAUGGCUACAACAACUGUACCUAUGAUAUCAAUGUGUGCCUACCUGUGUAAGGCGAACAGUUCCUGUCGGGUAUUCCACUACAACAACAUCUCACAGGAAUGUGGACUUUAUAACAGUCAGAAUCACAGAGAUGUCGGUAUAAAAGUGGGGACCAAACACUUUCAAAUAAUGCCAAAAGAGUGUGUUCCAGGAAUAGAUGAGUGGUUCCCAGAUAUAAACCAAUGUAUCUACAUUCAUACUACCACAGUGAUAUACGGAGAUGCCCAAGGAACGUGCCAUUCAAUGUCCAGAGAAUUAAUGAGUAUAUAUGGAGGGAAGUACCUCGCCGUCAAAGCAGUGAUGCAAAAACUUGAUAUUUUGGGAAUUCACGUAUACGCUAAGAGGGUCGGUGCUUUCUCCUAUGAGUGGCGGAAUGGUUCGGCGAUCACAGAUCACUGGUGCCCUGGUGAGCCUCUGGAGGACCGUGAUUGCGUUGCUUUAAUUGAGACUACAUGGUGUCCAGAGUUAGGGCUGGACGAUAGCUCCUGUACUAAAGCCAAGAGAGUGUUCUUUUGCGAAGAAUGA